ACCUGUUGCCGGCAUUUUGUGGCAGCUGAUUGAAGAGAGAUUCCCCUGGCAAAAGAAGAGAACCCAUUAAAUGGGUCUUCUCAUCUCAUCUCCAUAGGUUCCAUCGAUCUCCGUUAAAAAAGAUGCUUCACUGGUCCCUCAUCGUCAGUGCCUUGGGCAUCUGUGUGUCCGCCUUGGGCGGCUACUGUGGAUGGGUUCUCUUCCCCAGCAUGGUGCACAAGAAGGUGGAACAGAGUGUUAUUAUAGCCGAUGGAUCGGAACAAUACAAACGUUUUGUGAAUCUGCCUCAGCCGUUAAACUUCAAAGUCUACAUAUUCAAUGUGACCAAUCCGGAUAGGAUACAACAAGGUGCCAUACCCAUAGUCGAGGAAAUAGGACCCUAUGUAUACAAGCAAUUCAGGCAAAAGAAAGUGAAGCAUUUCUCCAGGGAUGGCUCCAAGAUCUCCUAUGUACAAAAUGUGCACUUUGAUUUUGAUGCAGAUGCCUCGGCACCCUACACCCAAGACGAUCGCAUUGUGGCCCUCAAUAUGCACAUGAAUGCAUUCUUACAAGUAUUCGAAAGAGAAAUCACAGAUAUAUUUCAGGGUUUUGCCAAUCGGCUCAACUCGCGAUUGAAUCAAACUCCUGGCGUGCGAGUCCUUAAACGAUUGAUGGAACGUAUUCGAGGGAAACGUAAAUCUGUCCUGCAAAUAUCAGAGAAUGAUCCUGGCUUGGCCUUACUUUUGGUCCAUUUGAAUGCCAAUUUGAAGGCUGUCUUCAAUGAUCCCCGCUCCAUGUUUGUUCAGACUUCUGUGAGGGAAUAUCUGUUUGAUGGAGUGCGUUUCUGCAUAAAUCCCCAAGGAAUUGCCAAGGCCAUUUGUAAUCAGAUCAAGGAAAGUGGCUCCAAGACCAUACGAGAGCAAAGCGAUGGCAGCCUGGCCUUUUCCUUCUUCGGACAUAAAAAUGGUUCUGGUCACGAUGUCUAUGAGGUACACACUGGCAAGGGUGAUGCCAUGCGAGUGCUGGAGAUCCAGAAACUGGAUGAUUCCCACAACCUUCAGGUGUGGCUCAAUGCCAGCACAGAGGGAGAGACCUCCGUGUGCAAUCAGAUCAAUGGAACAGAUGCCUCGGCAUAUCCACCCUUUCGCCAGCGAGGGGAUUCCAUGUAUAUCUUUAGCGCGGAUAUCUGCAGAUCGGUGCAGUUGUUCUAUCAAUCAGAUAUCCAAUACCAGGGGAUACCUGGCUAUAGAUACUCCAUCGGGGAGAACUUUAUCAAUGACAUUGGACCGGAACAUGAUAAUGAAUGCUUUUGUGUGGACAAAUUGGCAAAUGUGAUUAAACGCAAGAAUGGAUGUCUAUAUGCGGGUGCUUUGGAUUUAACCACAUGUUUGGAUGCCCCUGUGAUUUUGACAUUGCCUCACAUGCUGGGCGCCUCGAAUGAGUAUCGAAAAAUGAUUCGAGGAUUGAAGCCAGAUGCCAAAAAGCAUCAGACUUUUGUCGAUGUUCAGUCGCUGACAGGAACACCCUUACAAGGCGGCAAAAGGGUGCAGUUCAAUAUGUUCCUCAAGAGCAUCAAUCGAAUAACCAUCACAGAAAACCUACCCACAGUUUUAAUGCCAGCCAUUUGGGUUGAAGAGGGCAUCCAACUCAAUAGCGAAAUGGUGGCCUUCUUCAAAAAGAAGUUAAUCAAUUCCUUAAAAACCCUCAAUAUUGUCCACUGGGGUACCUUAUGCGGUGGCAUAGGCGUGGCAGUUUUAAGUCUGCUUUACUAUAUCUAUCAAAGGGGGCGUGUCGAAGAGCCCCCUGUAAAGUAAGAUAUUAACCAUAGAUAUAUAUAUAUAUAUAUUUGUUAUCGAGUGCUUUGUAUAAAUGUUAUUGUUAUACUAUUAUGAUAAUUAUGAA